UCCAUCGCCCGCACCCGCAGCCUAGACCGUGAUCAACUCGUACCAUGCCUAGUUUCCAUCCAGAGGUCAAAUGGGCCCAGCGGCCGAAUUUGAUUUUCUUAACGAUUUGCGUGGAAGAUUGCAAGAAUCCCGAAAUCAAAGUUGAGCCUGGGCGAUUGCAUUUUAAAGGAGUAGGCGGCACCGACAAGCGAGAAUUCGAGGUGGAUCUGGAAUUCCUCAAAGAAAUUGACCCAGACAAAUCCAAGUACGCUGUUCGAGAUCGCGCCAUCGAGUUUGCUUUGGAGAAGAAAGAGGAUGGACCUUACUGGGACCGCCUUUUGCAAGACAAGACCAAACGCCAUUGGCUCCGCAUCGAUUUCAACAAGUGGAAAAAUGAAGACGACAGUGACGAGGAAGGCGGUGCUCCCGGAGGUCCGCCCGGCGGGGGUGGGGACCUCGAAGAGAUGAUGCGCUCAAUGGGUGGUCUUGGGGGUGGUAUGGGUGGCAUGCCGGGUAUGGGUGGUAUGCCAGGGAUGCCGGGUAUGGGCGGUAUGCCGGGCAUGGGCGGUAUGGAACGACCUAGUCUCGACGACCUCGACAACGAGGAGGACAGCGAUGACGAAGAACUUCCGGACUUGGAGUGAGGAUCCACCUACGCAAACCCACUCAGCUAUUCAUCAAGACUCUCAUUCAUACAAUCAACAAGUAAUCACUUGCUGCCAACUAAGUUUUCUGUCGUGUGGAUCCAACCCAUUUCUUUUUGUCUUUAUCGACAUCCACCCCUCCCCCUCAUUUUCUCAUCUGAACCAAAAAGCAACGGAUUUGACGUCGUCUUGUUCAUUUCUACUCCCCAGCCUUUAUGCCACUUGUUGUCAUUGUUUUGUGGAUUAAUAUGAAAGAGACGCUCUGUGAGCUGACCUAACAGGAUUCAUCAAGUUCGGAAUAAAACCACUGAAAAAUC